AUCGACACUAUCGGAUCAUAGUUAUCGUCAUCGACAUUAUCAAAGGAAAACCCUGUACGAUAUCUGUCCAUGUGUUGAAAAAGCAAUGGGGAAGACGUCAAAGGACAAACGAGACGUCUAUUAUCGCCUGGCCAAGGAGGAAGGAUGGAGGGCACGUAGUGCGUUUAAGUUGAUGCACAUUGACGAUGCAUUUAAAAUUUUCAGUGGCGUAAAACGAGUUGUCGACCUGUGCGCAGCGCCUGGUAGCUGGUCUCAAGUACUUUCCCGGAAGCUAUAUGAUACCUGCGAAACCGAUGAGGAGAAGGCAAAUGUGAAAAUCAUAGCUGUAGACUUGCAGGCAAUGGCACCCAUUCGAGGAGUAAUUCAACUGCAAGGUGACAUCACAAAAGAGAGCACAGCGGAGGCUAUAAUUGAACAUUUUGGCGAGGGCGUCGAACAAAAGGCUCAGCUUGUUGUCUGCGAUGGAGCCCCAGAUGUGACCGGUGUUCACGAAAUGGAUGAAUAUAUGCAACAUCAGUUGCUAGUCUCUGCCCUAAGCAUCGCUACAUUUGUUCUUGAACCGGGCGGCAGUUUUGUGGCAAAAAUCUUCAAGGGCAACGACACGACUCUACUCGACUCGCAGAUGCGUACGUUCUUCAAGCAUUUUGAGUACUAUAAACCGCUAAGUUCGCGACCAUCAAGCAUUGAGCACUUCGUUGUGUGCAGAGACUUUUUUCUUCCCCCUGGCUACAUUCCGCAGGUUAUUAAUCCAGCUCGAAAUGAUAUAGCGGAUCAGGCAAGAAAGACUGGCUCGGCAACUAACCGACGUUUGGUGCCUUUUAUUGCCCACGGCGACUUGACAGGCGUUGUGGAUGGGGAUGAGCCUCUCGUGGACUGUACAAAUCCGAGUAAAGAAGACAUUGCCUAUGCCUAUGAUGCCAUCAUGAACGACAAGGAGUACCCUCAGGAAUUUAAGGACCUACUGAAUGAUAUAUUCGUAGAAGAAUUGGCCAACGCCAAGAGCUGAAAGAACUAAUAUUUUUGGUUGCGUACUCGAUCUGAAACGACGGUGCCUAAUGAAAGUCAACUUUUAAUAGCACAACCUCUAAUGCAAUUUACUUUAAGCAAAAUGAAUAAAUAACGCCAGCUACAAAAAAAAAA